AUGGGUUUAAAAAGGUGUGAAGUGUUUGGGUUCAUUGUGAUCAUGGUCACGGUCAUGGUUAUGCUAAGUGGCGAAGCCACUUACUCAGGGUGCAAAAGUGCAAUCGUGAGCUUGAGCCCAUGCAUUAGCUAUGUGUGCGGGAAUUCAUCAACCCCGUCAAUGUCUUGUUGCUCGCAACUAGCCAAUGUGGUCAAGUCACAACCACGGUGCCUUUGUGCGUUGGUUAAUGGUGGUCAUGGUCACUCAUCCAUGGGUUUCAAAAUUAAUCAAACUUUGGCUUUGGGUUUACCGGAUGCUUGCAGCGUCCAUACACCUCCAGUCAGUCGAUGCGAUGAAAGUGGAAGUGGAAGUGGAAGUGGAAACGGAAAAGAGAACGUGCCGCCAGCAAAAUCUAAUGGAAGCAUAAUAAAUUUACCAUUUUAUUUUAGUUUUGCUUCUUUGUUGGUUCUUUUCACUUAUAUUUUAUCCAAAUACAGAAGUUCUUCAUCUUUACAAAUGUUUUCUAUUAUUAUCAAGUUAUCAAGUUUUGGUAACUUUACUUUUAAAGGUCCGGUUUCAUUGUAUCCAUCCGAUGAUUCAUCGUUUUAA